AUGGAACAAACUAGUGAAGUUUUGAGUAGUGAUGAUAUCCAGAAUAAUGCAUUUAUACCACAUAUUCUACCAAUGAAUGAAAAUUCCGAUAUAUCGAUUGCAGUUUACUUGCCUGUAUGGUAUCCAACGCGACCACAGUUACCGCAAGAUCGAAAUGUGACCCAUCUAUUUGAACAAGUUUACAAAAGCAUAUUAUCCCAUUGGAACUCUUAUCGUUCGGAAUUAGCAAUAGAAGAAAAGAAAGAUGAACAGGAAUACAUUGUAGAUGAACCAGUAACUCCAAUAACGCCACCGACAACAACAUCGUUUUCAUCUACAAGACAAAGAGAUGUUAAUAUUCGUUCAAAUUUAAAUGAAAAUAUUCGUAAUUACAGUACUGAUCGUGCGAGACGUUCAUCGCAUCCACUACCAAAAAAUGAUGAAAGAUCAAGAUCUUAUGAGCCACGUCCAUUUGGUACUCAGCAUGCAUCCAAAGUACAAAUAUCGGACAGAAGUCGAAAAUUAACGACGCCGAUUAUUUUACCAACAUCUUUAAUUACCAGCUAUGAAAAUCUAAAAUCAGUCAACAAUGAGUUCCAAAAUUCGUCAUUUUCAUCGGCUUCUUCUUCAUCCGAAUCAAAUUAUUAUUCAGUUUCGACAACAACUAUCAUACAAGAUCAAGAUAUUAAUCUUCUGACAAGUAUGCCGGUUAAAGAGAAUGAUCAAUGUAAUAAUAAUGAUUCUCAAUCAACUGAUAAAACAGCAAAAACAUCGUUUUUACCAAUACAUCGAAAACGAACAAUUAGUACAUCAAGUCGAAUAUCUCAAUCAACAUCAUUUGAUGCUAUUGAUCAAUUUGAAAAUAGCGAUGGAUGGAUUCAAACAAUAAUGCAAGAAAAUCAGUUAAUUUCAUCAAACAAACAAGACAAUCAACAAACUAGUUUUCAUUCUCCUAAAACAACGAUAGAUGACAUACAGACAGAUCAAGAAGAUGAAUGUCAAAAAAUUGUCAAAAAUCUUCUAAUUGAUGAAGUUAGUAAUUGUGAUCAGCAAGCAAGCCUACAAGAAAACGUCAGAGUCUGUCCUUCGAUUGAACAAAAUAUUUUAUUUUCAAAUUUUAAUAAUGACAAUAUUAAUAGUAAUUGUAAAAAUUCAAGUUAUUUAUUUGAUAUUGAUGAUAAUAAUGUACAACAAGCUUCCACUCUAUUAUCAACGGAUGAUGAAGAUAAAUUGUCUGUUAGAACAUUGACUGAUUCAAGUUUAUCGCCUGAAUCAUCAUUGUCAUCGUUUCUUGCUUCUAGUUCAGCAAUUAAAAACACUAAUAAUAAUACAGAGGACUAUUUCGAACGUUUAACAAAAAGUAUCGAACCUAUAUUGAAAAAAAACAUACUAACCAACAAUAUUAAUAAUAAUCGACAGAAUAAAAUAUUAGAAAUGUUAACACCAUCAUCUUCUCUAGUUGCUUCUAAUUCAAAUUUUAGUGAUACAAAUCAAAUACAAAAUCAUGAUCCAAAUGACGAUGUAUUUACAGAUCCAAUACCAAAACUGCAAGAAAAACGUGUUUCAUUUUCUCCUCAAAUUAUUAGACAACCUCGUGAAAGCUACGUUCGAUCUCCUUCAUUGCCUCCAACACCACCAUUAUCCUAUCAUUCAAACUCCAGUAGUCCCUUAUUCAAACAAUUUACACCACUAUCAUCUCCAGCAAAAAAUCGUACAGAAUUAUCACUGACAGUACCAACAACACAAUCCGAAUCAAUUAAUCGAAAAUCAAUAAUUAUACCAAAAACUCGACGUCCAGAUUUUGUUAAAGUUCUAUCGGAUAGUUGUCAUUGUCAAAUAUGUUCUUAUUUUGAUCGUAGACAAUUAAAAACAAAUAUUAAUUUAGAAAAUGCACUCUAUCGUUUUUUAGAAAGUAAAGAUAUUGCAACAACAAUUAUAACAUAUAUUAAAUCACAAGAUUAUAAAAUACAUUCAUCAAAUUUAACGUUUGAUAUUGAUAUUAAUUUAUUAAAAGAAUUACGUAUGCCAAAAGGUUUUUUAGAAUGGUUUUAUACAGUACCGAAAUUUUCACGAGCCUUAUUAUCUCUCGUUAAAAAUAUUAAUGAAUUUUAUCGUCAUUGUCCAAUUAUAUUAUCCUACGUAUUUAUUAUUGAAUUUGCGAUUAUUAAACCAAUAUGUUUAAUGUUCUAUUAUAUCAAUUGGUUUUUGAGAUUAGAUAUGAAUAAACGAUUUCAAUUAACAUUAGGCAUACCGGCUUAUUUCAAAAGAAAAUCGAAUGAUGACGAUGAAGAAUCGAGUGUAUCAGAAACAGAAUUAUUUUUUAUUAAAUGGCAUUGGUCUAAAGUGCCCAUUUUAUUUGAAGAUUAUUAUUCAAAUUCAUCAAUAAUAGCCUACUAUGAAACAGAUGAUUAUCAUAAUCUAAGAAUAUUAUUUCAAUCACAUGAAGAUGAUUUUCAAAAUAAUGUUGGUAUUACUAAAAUUGAAUUUGACGAUUUAUUUGAAGAUUAUAGAACACUAUAUUCCAUUGAACAUAUUAAAGCAUAUUUAACAAAUGUGAAUAGUAUAACAAUAACAUUUAAUGAACAAAAUAAUCGAAUACCAAGUUUUAUUGAAACAAAUGAUAAUGAAAAUAAUGAAAAUUAUCAUCUACAAUUGGAUGAUUAUGAUGAGAAAAAAUGUUUACAACAUAAUCGAAAACCAUUAAAAUUAUUUAAUUGUUUAUCACAUUUAUUGGAAAAUAUAUACAGUUAUUAUCGUAGUAAAACAUUUCCAAUAAAACAAUAUGAAUUGGUGGUACCAUCAAUCGUUAAUCAUUCAUUUGAACUUACUCGACGAGACAGAAAUAAAAAUAAUAAUAAUAAUAAUAAUAAUUAUGAUACUCUACAAUUAGCAAAUGAAAUAAAAACAAAUCAAAUUUUAAAAGAUCGUUCAACGAGUCCAAUACAAUUUUGUGAGAAUAAUUUUAAUAAUAAACAAUUAAUUGGUAAAAAUGGACUAUCAAAACAGUAUCAUCACCAUAAUCAUCAUCAUUUUCAUCAUAUGAAUGAUUUACGUUCAUCAACACCAAAUGAGGGAGAAAUACCAUUAUCAGAAUUACCACCGCCAAUAAUUCCAUCAACCGAUGAAAUGGAUAAAAGCACAGAAAAAAAUAAUCAAUCCAAUAAACAACCACGUUUAUUUAAUUCUGAAACAUUUGAAUCUAUCAAUAAUAAACAACCCGAUAGUAGCGAUAUAACAUUAUCAAACAAUGUUGACUCUAUGAGACAGCAUCAGCAACAACAAGCACAAGAAAAUAUCAGUAGUAUUACUGGUGGUGAUGAUGAUAUUAAUAGUACGUCGUUAUCGUUAGAAAAAUUAUCUAGUUCAAUAGUCACUACAAAUGAAAAAGAUAAAAUAAUAUCUAAAUUAUCUACGCCAUGGAAAAGUCAAGAUAACGAAAUAAAACAACAACAACAACAGAAUAUUUUCGAAACACCGAUCAGAGAUCAAAAUCGUAUGGCUGAUGAGAACGUAAUUAAUUACAUUACACCACAAUCGAUUAGUCGACAUUUAUCAUUGAGUAAAGAUAAAAUUACACAUAGUUAUAAUGAACAAAUGAAUAAUAUAAAUAAAGAUUCUAAAACUAAAUUCUAUACACGUGCAUCAUCAUUAACAUUCGAUGAACGAAAUUGUAAUCGUGAAAAAUUAAAUAUAACUAUAACAAAAGAUAAUACUGAGAUUAAUAAACAACGACCAACAUAUUUAUUACCACCAUCGUCUAAUAAUGAUAGAUUAAUUACAAGUUGUAUUUAUGACAGCGGUAGUGAAUUGUCAUCAAGUGAAAAUGGUGGAUUUCAAAAUUUUACAAUAGAAACGUUGAAUGAAUGUUGCACAUUAAAUGAAAAAAUUGAAUUAAAUAUGAACUCAAAAUUUAGUUGUACGGGUGAGUUUUGGGUAGAAUAUAAAUUAUCAAAUGAAAAUGAAAAAAAAUUUCGUCAGCUUACAUCUCAUAUUAGUUUUUAUGGAAAUAAUUAUAUUGCACCAAAAAGUGUUAAAAUUAAUGAAAUCAUUGGCAUUUAUUUUGAAUCACGUUGGCGACGAGGUCGUGUAUUACCACCAAAUAAUCGUUCAUCAUCUAUUGCAUUAUAUCUAGUUGAUUAUGGUCGUGUUAUUCAUGUACCAUUAACUGAAAUCCGUUGGUUACCUGUCGAAUUUACAAAAUUUCCAUAUAAAGCUAUACAAUGUUAUUUCAGUGAAGCACUACGUUUUAAUUAUUCAGAUACAAUGCGUGAAAAUUUUCAAAAAUUACUUAAAUGUCGAACUGUUCGUGCACAAGUUUAUGAAAAAGAUGGAAAUAAAGUCGGUGUAUUAUUAAUGUGUCAAGUCAAAGAUGGAACAAUGAAUAUUUAUCGUUAUUUGAAUGCAAUAGAAAAACGAACAUCAAAAUUUCUUUCUAAUGCCGAUAUUACAAGUUUAUUUAGUUGUGAUUUAGCUGAAAAUGAAGAUACCAAUGUGAAUAUGUGGGAGCAAUUAGAAAUGUCAAAAGGAUAUCCAGAAAACUUUAUUUCGUCUUCACCACCGCCACCAUCAAUUUUAGUAUCAAGAGAAAUAUCACAAUGUUUAGAUAAUAAGAAAAAUGGAACUAAUGUAGAUAGCAGUGAUUCAAGUGAAAUUCAAAAACAACAAGGAUUUUGUUGUGUGCCAAGAUCUUCUCAAAUUCACAAACGACGAUUACCUCAAGAAAAGCGAAGAUUGACAUUUGAAUAA